ACUUUCCCUAUGAGCCUUCCUUCCACAGAAUAGGAACAGUUUCCUUUCUUCCUUCCUUCUCUCUCCCGAAACCAGAGAGGACGGAACGGAACCCUUCUGCAAGAAAUGGUCAGGGAGGAAGAACCCAGGAAGAGUCCCAGAAGCUCGAGCUUUUCACAGAGGUCGCCUAAUCCCGUCUUGAGUAAUGGCAGGUUUGGGGAAAACAGCAGUACUAUGUUCAGCCCAAGAUUCAAAUCGGUUGCUGCGAUGGCUGGAUGGGAUGAGGAGACCCUUCUGAUCGCGAGCCUGAUCGUCGAUGACACACCCGAUCGCGAGUUUAAGCAGAGGAAACGGUCAGACCUGGCCUUCAAGACUCCUCCUUCCAAUUCAAGAAGAAAAAGAAGAGAUCAGAGGAGAAGUCCUGCACCAAUCCCAGCUACAGUUCUUAACCUCGACGAAGAUGAGUCUGAAGACACAACUGGGAAAGCAAAUGAGACCAGUAAGAAAGCGGAGGCAGAGAAUCAAAAGAAGGAAAUCAAAACCAGGGGAAACGAGCCGCUGGAGAACAGGCCUACCGAUUCGGCAGCUCCUGCCGCUCCGCUUCCUUGCCUGGAUAGACUCAGAGAAGAGCUUUCUUGUGCUAUCUGCUUAGAGAUAUGCUAUGAGCCUAGUACCACAGCUUGUGGUCACAGUUUCUGUAAGAAAUGCCUUCGAUCAGCAGCUGAGAAGUGCGGGAAGCGCUGCCCAAAGUGCAGGCAGCUAAUCAGUGCGAGGAGCUGCACUGUGAACACAGUUCUUUGGAACACAAUACAGCUUCUGUUCCCUGAUGAGGUCAAAUCAAGAAAGGCAAGCAGCAGAUCUCCCGCAGAAUCUGUUGGCCCUGAAACAGUGUCUGUAAGGCAGGGCCAAAGAGAUACUCAAACCCAACGAAAUUCCCGAAGUAGAAUCCGGCCAUCUGCUUCGUUGAGCAGCAGUAUGGUCAAUGCAGAAAUCCUGAGGAGGCGGCCUGAUCCACCGGGCCAAGAUGAGGAUGCCGCCUUGGCCUUGAGGUUGCAAAGGGAAGAGUUCAUGGAGGUCAUAACUGGAGGGGAGGGAGGAGUGGGAAGGAGAAGAAGAAGUAGGCAUGACCGUGAUCGUGAUCAUGAUGACGGUUCUCGAAUCUCACUUUCUCUGGCUAGAGAGAACUUAAGGGCCAUGGCUUCUCGGGCCAUCAGCCUUCGGGCUCGAGGCAGACAUGUGUGAUAAAAUCCAAAUGAUUGCGGUUUGUUUAGCACUUGUUUGUAAUUUGAUUCUUUGAAGUCAAUGCGGGUUUUAUUGUGUUUGGAUGUAACAUUUCACAGCAGAAGGUUUAUGAACAAGAGAAAACGACAAUUAAAUAAUAAA